GCUCUCCGUCAGGCUUCCAAUCCACCAUAUCCAUUUCCAUUACCAAUUAAACAACUCCCCAACUAAAUGCUGAGUUGCCUACCUUAUUUCAUCACAAGCUCAUCCAUCCACCUACUCGGCUGGGGCUGAAACCCUGAAACACGACAAAUCUCCAGCACAAGCACAAGCACCGCCGCGCCCUCUCCCCACCUUCUCACUCUUUCCCCUUCCUAUAUUGCCUGCGCCUCCAAACUCAACCACCACCCACCUACCCACUGUCCCAUAUUCCACUCCCCUAGGUCACAUACCUUACCCAUGCUUGCUUUUCGACGCUUCAUCACCAAUGCCAUCAACUAAUCGACCAUUUCUAUUACUGUCGCAGCCCUAAGCACCUCACCUCUCCACUUCACCCAGUGCUGCUACGUUGGUUCCAAACGACAACCCAACUUGACGGACACCUUCCAGCUCCCUCGACACCAUCCUCUCUGACUCCCCCACCCCUCCACCUUCAUUCACAAUGCAGCGCAUGCAGAGGAAGUUUGGCCGCUUCCUGCCUAGGACGCCAAAUGAGGCCGACAUCGCAUCCAUGCUGCGUGACUUCGAGGAUUCCGCCGAGAUGUUGGAAAAGAUCGAGGCCGCCGCGAAGCAAUGGCGCGACGCAUGGACAAACAUUCUGGCUCACCAGCUGAGUGCCAUUGAACAUUACCACACCCUAUACAAACCAUUGGGCGCAAAGGGAGGCGAUUAUGGCUCCCACGUAUACGUCGAUACCCCCGAGGCGACCCUCGAGCGCUGCGUACAACUGGAACAAGCCUUCAACGAGCUGAAGAUUGACAUGAUGGAAGAGGUCAAGGACAUAGACAAGAAGCUCAUCAUCCCCGCCCAACUCGCCCGAGACGCCCUGAAGCCAAUGCAAAAGGCAAUCAAGAAGCGUGAGGACAAGAAGGUCGACUAUGAGAGAUACAAGAGUCGUACUGAGACACUCGAAAGCAAAAAGACCCGCUCCGACCGAGACAAUACAGCCUUGACGAAGCACACCGGUGACCUCCAGCGCGCUACACAAGAGUACGAACAUGCCGACGAAGCUCUCCGCGUCCAACUUCCCCGAUUGAACGCAGCUACUUUCUCCAUACUACCACAUCUUCUCGCGAACCAAAUCAUACUACAGAACAAUUUGAUCGGAAACCUCUACACCGUACUGCAUCAAUACUCCCGAGAACAAGGCUACCCGGACCCGCCGCCGGAGCUUGAAGAGGUGAUUCCAGUGUUCGAAGGAGCUUUCACCUCGCUUCGAAAUGAGGUCGAGACGGGUUUCGACGUCCUCAAGGGUGGUAAGGCUAUACACCAGCCAAUGCGAUUACCCGACAAGGGAGACACAAUCUCCGGUUUGGGAAUAAGGAACAAGGUCAUGCCUAGCCGGCGAACCAGUAGCAAUACCAGCGUUCCUACAGUCAGGACCACGUCGCCGAGGCCAGGCUAUGGUUUACCGCCAGCAUACGAGGAUCACAACAACGGACCACCUGUCAAUCUGUCUAGCAAACCCUCCAUCAGCUCACUCAAUGCCUCCAAACCGAAGAUUGGAGCCCACUCGCCAGGCCUAAGUCCUUCUCCGUCGCACGACCCAUGGAAUAGGCGACCAUCGACGGCAUCAUACGCAUCUUCGAAUGGCACCAAUACGACGGGGGGCGCACACGAUGACUAUUUCGGCAGGCCAAGAAUCCCUUCCGCUGCGUCAUCCUCUAUAUCGCCCAAUCCAGCGGCAGGCAAAAAGAAGCCACCGCCCCCUCCACCAAAGAAGAUUGGAUCGUUCCACGGCGAAUACGUGACCGCCAUGUAUGACUUCAUGGCGGAAGGUACAGGCGACUUGUCCUUUCAAGAAGGCGACCGCAUUCGAGUCGUUAAAAAGACGAACAGUUCGCAGGACUGGUGGGAGGGUGAAUUGCGGGGCGUCAAGGGCAGUUUCCCAGCAAAUUAUUGCAAGUAGACUUGAUUCAAGUGAAGCGUUCAAGAUUGGUAUUGAAGGCAUAGCCAAGCGGGGGAACACGAAAGCAUAUUGUCACUUCAAAGGGGAUCUUUCGGCAUUCAAUUGCAUUGUGGUGGGGGCUCGAUCAUUAUAGACGGGAGCACGGGUUGGGAAAAUGCCUGGGUUUGCGGCGUCAUCACUAGGAAUGGCCAGAACAGUUUUUCGACGGUAAAAGAACAAUAAUUUUAUAGUGAAACCGAGUUAUCAAAACUCUUUCAAUCAAAAUCUCUUCAUUGAACAG